AAACCACUUCUUCCCCCACCAAGCGAGAUCGACUCCAAACGAAUAUGCGUCGUCAUUGAUCUCGACGAGACACUUGUACACAGUUCUUUCUCUCCUGUCCAAAAUGCAGACUUUAUCAUACCAGUUGAUAUAGAGGGCACUAUACAUCAAGUCUACGUGUUGAAACGGCCGUACGUGGAUGAGUUCUUGGAAAGGAUGGGCGAUCUAUUUGAGUGCAUCCUCUUUACUGCCAGUUUAGGAAAGUACGCCGACCCAGUGACAGACCUCCUAGACAAGCGGGGAACAUUCAGGACUCGACUCUUUCGAGAGUCCUGCGUUUUCUACAGAGGAAGUUACGUCAAAGAUCUGAGCAGGCUAGGCCGGGAUAUGAAUCGCGUUGUCAUCCUUGAUAACUCUCCAGCCUCCUACAUGUUUCAUCCCAAACAUGCUGUACCCAUCUUAUCCUGGUUCGACGACCUCUCAGAUCGCAAACUCCUCGACCUCAUCCCAUUCUUCGAGGAGCUCUCGAGAGCAGAAGACGCUUACAAGUUUCUGGUGCAGGCCGAUCUGCACGGCGACCAGUUCGUCAUGAACUACAGAGCACUAGCCGCCGACAGCGAGAAAAACGUCACCAUCGUCACCUCCCCCAUCACGCCGGCCGUCACGUCAUCCAUGCUUACAACUCAACUCACGUAG